CCAUAGUCACAUAUUUGGCGCUCGUCAACGUAGACACUGUGAAAAUUCUGUCGAUGCACGGUUCUAAGGUCAUAAGUAGCAUCCCCUGGGUUCCUUGUGCUGUCAGCUGGUGUAAUUUGCUGAUGAAGGAUCUCCACAGCAAUCCAUGGGUAGAAAGUGUCAUCUUGGAGGGUCGGGAUAUCACCCUCUUCGUGAAGUGUCAUCGGCGGCCUCUUGCCAUGAUGAAAGAGAUCAAAGGGUGCAAGGAGCUGAUCAAACCCGAGGAGGUCGUGUUUGGGGUCGAUUUGCUGAUGCUGAAGAGGCUGCAGGAGAUGCGGUGGGUCUUAGACGAGUUGGUAAGCUCGCAGGGGUGGAAGUUGACGCCUUGGGCCGACCGACUGGUCGAGUCGGCGCAGAGGAUGUUCCAUCUCCAAGGUGUGGCAUACCGGGCUUAUCCUGGAACAGAGGGCGGACGCCCUGCAAAAGCGGACUUGGUGGAUACCGUCAAGUUGAGGGUUGGGAUGAUAAAGACUCCUGCGUAUGCCGCGGCCUAUCUUUUGGAUCCGACGAACAGGAACGAUGGUGGCAUCAAAAGCUUCCAACAAUCUGCGAUCGAAAACACCGUACUGUAUUUGGAAAAGGUCUGUGGCGGCCGUCAGUCGGACGAGUUUGCGGCAGCCUUUGCGUCUCUCACCCUCUUCCACAGAAGAGAUCCUUCGGAGGGUGACGCGUGGGGAGGGAAGCAGGGUGACCUGGAUGCCAGCAACGCUGACGUACACGGUACGACUUGGUGGGCGAAACAUGGCAAUGACCAUCCGGCUCUGCAGUCGGUCGCCGUUCGCGCAUUGAACACAUGGUCCAUUGCCUCUCCCUGUGAGAGGAAGUGGUGGUCCAUGCCGAGCAUGGUUAACAGGGAACGUGGGCAGAUGUCGUGGGAAAUGCUGGAGAAACUGAUUUAUGUUCAUUGGAACUUGAGGCUUAUAGAAGUAAACAAGAAGCGCUAUGGCAACGUGUACCCGUGGGCUAACGAUAGGGACGUUCCGGACGAUGAGCCGCGGGGGGAGGGGUGCUUAAAGCGCAGGCAAUUAGAUCCCGAGGAGAUCGAACGGCGGGCCAGUGGUUGGAGCAAGAAGCCUAACAAUGGUAAAUGGAGGCCAUGUGCCCCUCCUACGAAAAGCGAGAGCUGGCAGCCUCUUGACGACGAGGAAGAAGAGGAAGAUGACUGGCUGCUGGAAGCGUUGUGCCGUGGAUAUAAACCGAUCAAGUAUUGCUCUGACGAUGAUUGCGACUCUCGCGAUGACGGCUGUGAUGGCGACAACCUGGAUGAUAACGAUGACCACAAUGAUGCACCCACUGGCAGGGGGAGUCCUGUAAUGCUGCCGCCUGCGAGAUCGACAGAUGACAAAGUGCCGCUUGCAGCAGAGCUCAGGACUACGGAUCACACCCCCCCACCCUCCCCGCUGUCUACACCCAGAGAUAAAACAGCCUGAAAGGGAAACAGGGUGCAUGAAAGUUUUUUAAGGGGAAGUAGUCCCCGUGAGAGGGGGAGUGUUUUGACUCAAGAGGGUAUCAAUGCUUCCAAAGGA